UUCCCUCUCUCAGUCUGGGUCCCCUCUCAGCUUCCCUGUCCCGGGCAGUCUGCCUCUCGGGAUGAGGCCGGGUUGGGAGUCCUCCGCCCACAGUCCACACUAGGUCCAGGGCUAGGAGAGCCAGAGUUACGCUGCUGCGGGACAGAGACUGCGGAUCCACGCGGGGACCAGAGGAGCAUCACCAUGCAGGACCCUUCAGCCCUUGACAUGGCCAUCCAGCAUGCCCUGGCAGGCCUCUAUCCACCUUUUGAAGCCACUGCCCCUACUGUCCUGGGCCAAGUGUUCCGGCUACUGGACUCCGACUUCCGGGGAGAUGGGCUGAGCUUCCUCCUGGAUUUCCUCAUCCCUGCCAAGCGCCUGUGUGAGCAAGUGCGGGAAGCAGCCUGUGCUCUCUAUACCCACUGCCUCUUCCUGCAUGAGGGCUGGCCACUGUGUCUUCGGGAUGAGGUUGUGGUCCACCUGGCACCCCUCAACCCACUCCUGCUGCGUCAGGGCGACUUCUACCUUCAAGUGGAGUCCCAGGAGGAGCAGUCUGUCCACAUGACACUCAAAUAUCUCUCCUCAGACCUCCGCAAGGUGGACAACAAGUCUAUUCCUGAGACCUCCUAUUCUCUGAUUUUCACCCCAGAAUGGCUGGAAGCUAUUAACAGUGACUUUGAGGGACGUCCCUUACACAACUGUCUGGUGGCUUCAGAAAAUGGGAUCACAUCUGUGCCUUGGACCAGGAUUACCAGUCCAGAGUUUAUAGAUGACAAACCUCCAGUAGUGAAUGUCCCUUCCUCAGAUGGGGACUCCUGUCCACUAGAGGCCCUCCAUCUGGGCAGCUUCCAGGAGCCAUACCAGGCCAGCUCUCUGGGUAGCGAGGGGUCUGCGGCCCAGGGCUGGGCUAAGGAUAAAGGGAAGUUGUCUAGAGACAAGUAUCCUGGGCUCAUCAAGGUGGCACCAGCAAGGCCAGGGCAGAUGCCCUUUAGGAUGGACAGUGAGGCCAACCAGGGCCUGGAGGGGGACUAUGUGGCUCUCCUGGGCUUUCCCCAACAGUGUAGAAUGGGGUCUCCAGACAGGGAGGUCGCAACACUCAGUGUGGACACUCAGGGAUCACAGGAGGAGAUAUCCAGAACUAAGGGGGUACCUAUACCCAGAACUAGGGAGGCACCUCUGCUUGGAAGGGUUCUACAUCCCCCAGGGCCUGAUGAGGGACCUCCCUUGGGAAGACUGGCAUGCAUGAAGCCAGCAGAUUCAGGAGAGACACCCAGCAGCAGGAACUCAAGAAGAAAGUCUAGACACAAAGCAUCUGCCCACACUGGUGCCCUGCAGAAGCCGCUGAACUGUACCUCUGGCCUGGGAGAAGAUACUGAAGGUAAGCUAGCAGUCUCUAAGAUGCAAAGGACUUUGGGAACGCCAUCAGCCAUGGUCCAGCUCAGGCCUGGGCCAAGACAAACAUUCUCUCUGCUCCUGUCCUCAGCUGCCCCUGCAGCCCUAGCUUCCGAGACAAAGACAGAGGAGACCACACCAGAACACAACAGAGCUUCCAAGCCCGAGGCUUUUUUCUGUAGGAACACCUCCGUUUGUGGGUCCCUGGCUCCUGGGCUCCAGUUCUCCUUCUUGAAAUGUCAGAGGGCACCCCUCUUGCCCCCAGAGAAAGUCCUACUCCAGCAUGUCAAGAAGGCCCUGAACCCCCUCAAUUCUCUGCAGCCUUGUGGAACCAAGGCCCCAGGGAAAGAUGGAACAGCUCUCCCCAGAACAUCUGGCUCAGCCCCACUGUCUGGGGAGCUGACUGGCUUCCGGAAAGAUUCUUCAGGUCCCUCAGGAGGAGGACUUAGCCUGGAGGAGUGUUCCAGGAUUGGGACUCUGGGAGUCAAGCUUCUCCACUCCAGGAUAGCCUGCGUGCCAGGUGGUAGGGACAGAGUGGGGCGGCCUCUGCUUCUGGUGUCGACCAUGCACGAGGCCUGGAAGGUACCGUGGUGUACUGCUUUGGAGGUCACGGAGUUGCUGUCCUACUUAUGCAGUGUUCCUAGGCUGGACGAUAAAGUCAACGGGCUACUGGUGGUGAUUGAUGCCAGGAAAGGGCCCCUGAGUCCUGCUCUGGUCAGUGCCCUGCAGAGCACACAGGCUCUGACUCCAGCCUCCAUCAGUAAGGUGCUCCUCCUGGUAGAGAAGGCCUCCAUUCUCCAGCCACCUGCACUGCCCGUCCAGGUGGAGGUACUGACUUCGCUGAAGGCCCUCAGAAACCAUGUGGACCCUACCCAGCUGCCUGAGGCUCUGGAGGGCCCGUUCCCCUACCACCACAGCGAGUGGGUGCAGUUCUUCCAGAAGCUGGGCCCAUUCCUCACCGACCUUCGCCAGGCCUCAUCCCUGCUGCAGGCCUCCAUUCAAGAGUUUGAGAAGGGUGACCCCCCUGGCGGGAUGCAGGAGGCCACCAGGUGCCUGAGCAAGUCCAAGGAUCUGAUGGAGGCUGUGCUGAGGGAUCCGGGCCUGCUGGCUCUCCAGAGGGAAGGUGGCGCUACUCUGGCCAGGUUACAGCAGGAGGCCAGCAGGUUGAACACCAACCCUGAUGUCAGGAGCCGUCUGACAGAAGCCACAGCCCUGUACAACCUUGUGGACGACCAGCUUCAUGUCCUGGUCACUGCGUCCAAUCACCUCCUCGGAAGGCUGGAGCUCCGUGUCCGCCUGGGCCGCCUGGAAGCUGCCAUCCACCAGGUCAAUGACUGGAUGGAACGGGAAGGAAGCCAGUGUCUACAGGCACUUGCCCCUGUUGAUCUAUGUGCAGAGAAAGUCGAGAAAGUCCACGCCGAGUUUGAGGAUUUCUUCCUGCAGGUUGCGGCCCAGUACCGCCAGGGCCUGGAACUGUGCAAGCAGGCAGCGCAGCUGGGCGCUGCAGAGGAAGGGGCCGGUGACACGGGGUCCCCAGACCUGGCAGCCUUCGCCUCCACCCAGCAGGCCUUUCAAGCCAGGCUGACACACUUCUACAUGGCGGCCGAGAGGCAGCGCACUGACCUGGAGACCCUGCUCCACCUCCACCGCUUCAGAAGGAAGAUGUCCCGGUUCCACGUGGACUGUCAGGAACUGCUGACCCAGCUCAGGCUGGGCAAGAUGCCGAGGAGCAGCCCUGGGGACCAGCUCCACCUCCGCCUCCACUGUUACCUGAAGCGCCUGGCAUCUGAGUUCCAGACGGAGAAGCUGCUGGCCAUGAAGCUCCAGGUGGCCUCCCUGAGCUGGGCCGGCCUGGGCCAGGAGUUGUGGGAAGAGGCCCAGGAGCGACACCAGGAGAUCCAGGGCUUGCUGGUGAAGGCACUAGCCUACUGCCCUUGCCCAGAGGUCACUGCUGCCCACUCGGUACACACAGAUGGAAACAGGCCAGCGGCUAAGGGCCAGGGUCUGCCUAGAGAAGUGGCUUCCAAAUGGGACAGGUCCCUACAGGACUCUCUGGCUGCAGAUCAUGUGUCAAAAUCCCACUGGUCUCCCCAUGUCUUCCAAGGGGAGCAGAGCAGAAACGUGUGGACAGGCCUGCCACCCCAGGAAGCUAGCCAGACUGUGGACACUGAGGAAGGCAGAGGAACCCCAAAGCCCCCCGAGCCCACGCUGGAACGGCUCCUUGCCUCUCUCUUUUCCUGGCAUCAUCUUUCCAGACAGAGCAAGACCUCCCACCCAACUGGGGGCAGUUUUUCCUCUGAGGGGACAGACUCACAGACAUCCCUGGAGGAUUCACCCUGCACAAGCCCGCCUGCGUCCCUCUAACUGGAUCUGAACCAUCAUAUCAGCUCUGGGGACUGGAAUAGGACCAAGAGAGGGGAUCUGCUGAGCCCAUAGCACCCUAUCAGACAUGGCCAGGGAGCAGAGUGAGGAGGCCCACCUUCUGGCUCCAGAAAACUCCAAGAUGAUGGAUUCUAACCCUCACAGAUAGUGCUGGUGGGAGUUAGAAUCCAGACUCAAUCGGAGGCAUUGGGCUGUGACAGCAGAGUCUCAUAUGGCAAGGCUGACUGGGGCCACCUUGGCAAAGUCUUACCCAUUCUACGACUUGGGUUUCACAAGGGUAACAACGUAGUGGGAGGAGCCUCUUGUCUUGAGCCCCAGAGUAACAAACCCUGAGACAAGGACUUUGUGACUUAGCACAGGAGCCACUGGGGGAGAGUGGUAAGCAGGGGGAGGGAGGUAAUCAGGGGGAGGGAAUGAAAGGCUUUUGUCCUGCAAGCUCCAUCCUGCUGAGAUCUGCUAGGAGACAGCAGGGGACUGCCUCAGGCCUCUGAGACGCCCAUCUGAGAGGGGAGGCAGACCUCACCUCCUACUCCCUGGAGCUGACCCUGGCGGACCAGGACAGGAACAUGGCGGAGGAAGAAACUGCUUGGUGCAGAGUUCUCCCUGGGACUGGGCUCCCAUCCCAGACUCAAGGAACUGCAUGGACUCUUGUCCUUGCUCUCCACAGACACCUCCUGUUCCCAUGCUUCAUCACAGUGUCCCACAUUCAGUGUCAACCCCCAGUGUCAUCAGGGACAACCGUGGAGGGGAGUGGUCUUUGAAAGCUGGUGGGAGGGUGGAUACAGUGACUGUUAGAUCUAUAGCACCUAGCUUUUUAUAGGGUGAGUGUGGCGCCCCUAGUGUCACCUCUGAGCACUGACAUGUUGAAAGCAUUCACAAGGCUCUCAGUCUUGACUAACCAAGAUGGCCUCCUGGCAGCCCUGCCUAAGUUUUUCAGGCCCUGGGAGGAGGAUGAAACACCCGCCCCACCCCCACCACCGAGGCCAUGUCAGGGAGGAAAGAGGCCUGAACCACUCUCGGGAGAAUGAGGUGCCACAAGAGACGUAUCAGCCCCAAACAGCUUCAAGAAUCUUCUCUGAGAUUCAGGAUCUCUCCAGGCAGGAUUUCUGCCUGCUGCAGAGCCACCAGUGAAGGUGGCUGUAAGGAAGCCUGCCCAGGGAAUGACAUCCUCUCCACAGCACACACUAAAACCGGGCUGUAGGCCUGGGGAAGGCUGGAGACUGUGCUGGGGCCACCUGCUCAGGUGUUUUCUAGAGCAUUGUGGUCCAUUCUGCUGCUAUCAGAGAUUGCCACAGGCUAUGUGACUUGCAAACAGUGAGAGUUUAUUGGACUCACAGUUCUAGAGUCUGGGGAGCACAAGGUCCAGGGCUGCCUCUGGUGAGGACCUUCUUGCGUGCAAAAGCAGGGGAAGGGGCAAACACACCCUUAAAAGAGGACUGCUCCCACAUUCAUCUCACAGGAGGACAGGGGGCACCCUCAGGACUGGCUACUUCCAUCUAAGUUCCCAGUGCGUGAAUUUCAGGGGACACUUGAGACCUAGCAUGGGUCCCUUGGGAAGUUCCCAGGGCGCCAGGUCCCAGGCAGCUCAGACUUUGCAUUCCUCUCCUAGGCCUUGUAUCCAGAAGGCUGAGGAUGCUUGAGGAAUUUGAUCAGCCAUCUCCAUCCAAGCUUGUCACCUCAGAGGGGGGCCUAAGGCUCUUAAGCUGUUGUUGCUAUAGAAACAGCAUCCAGUCAGUGGAGAUCACAGGCGAGGAGCAGGAAACCUGGGGAGCAAGAAGGAAAGCUGACUAUAGCAGGACCCACAACCACGGCUGGGAAUGAGGAAGGGGAAGAAGGGAUGGGUGAGCCAAGAAUCUUUAGGGAGGAGGGGACCCCAAGAUCUUGCACAUUCUCCUGUUUGCAAAAAAGAAAUCUACCCCACCUAUUGACCUGCUCAUGGCAGUUUCUAGGGAGAAAAGGUGCAGAAACAGAAUAUACAUAAAUGACUGCAUUCAAAAAUGAGGAGGGGCUGGAGAGAUGGCUCAGUGGGUGACACCUGAGCUCAGAUUCCAGCACCCAUGUAAAAGCUUGGUGUGGCGGUACACGCCUGUACCCUGGAGCAAGGGGCUUGAGACAAGCAGGUCCCUGGGGUUCACUCAGCCAGCCUAGCUAAAUCGCUGCGCUCCAGGUUCAGUGAGCAUUCUCUAUCAAAAAGUGAGGUGGAGAGAAAAGCCGCUAUUGUCAUGUCUGGCCUCCACAUGUACAGGUGAUGGCUCCCAAAUGCACAUAAACAUACAUGCAAAAACUUAAGAUAGAGGAGGAGGAAUCUGCUGGUGUUUCAAUUGCAUCCAGCUUUGUGAUGAGAAAAAGAAAAAGAAAAAAAACCCUCUGCAAGGCUUUCUGACCACAUCCAACAGCACCGUGGAGUUGGCAUUAACUUGCCAUCCUUUUCCUGAGGAGGAAGCCAAGGCUUCUAGUGGCAUGGGGAUGUCUUGUUCAAUACAACAAGUGACAGAGUAGGACCUUGCCUGUGACACUGAUGCCUUGGCCACCUGUAGGAAAGCUGGGGCUGAUUGCUGGGUCUCAGUGAUUAUGGAUUUGUGUCCUUUGUAUUUCUGCUGUCCCUGGCCAUUGCCGUGUGUCGGGGGCCAUGGAUGGGCUGGGCUUGGUUGUCUGGGUGGCACUUACACCAGGACUUCUGUUACAACAUGAGCAUGGCUAGAGAAUAAUUAAUGAUGAAACCUGGAGUUGACUGACCAGGAAGCAUCAGUCACAAGCUGUGUGUCCUUGACCAAAAGAAGUACCUAGCUCUGUCUCUUGGUUUCCUUACCUAUAGAAUGAAAACUGCAAGACCUCAGAGGCAUGUGUUACCUAAGUUGGCUUGUGAGAAUUCCUCAGAUAGCCACUGGAACAUAGUAACCUCUCACCAAAUGACUGGAAAAUAGUAACUGCUCACUCAAUACAAGUAUCAAGACUCAGACUUUGGCACCAGA